AUGCCGGCUAAAAAUGGUUUUUGUUGGUGUUUGGGAGGAACACGCCCUCCAGAGAUCAAACAUUCUAUGGAUACGGAAGGAACAUUAAAACCUAUGGAAGUGGAUAUUCCCAUGCCAACAGAUGAAGAGGAAUUAAACGCCAAGUUUCAAGAAUUAGUGGCGGAACUAGAUUUAGACAAACCUCACCAGGAGGCGCUGUACAGCUUACCAAACGAGAAAAAAUGGCAGAUCUACUGUAGCAAGAAAAAGGAUGUGGAUCCAACAACUCAAAGUUUACCAGAUAAAUAUAUCGAGAAGAUCUCAGCCAUGUCCCCAAUUCAGUCAGGACUGGAAAGAGAUGAAGAUUUAUUGAUGAGAACCAAAGUAGUAGAUAAUUUAAAAACAGCUCUUAGAACUCAAACAAUGAGUUUUGUGGUGAGAUUUGUCGAUAAUGGAGGACUGCAAUGUUUAUUGGAAUAUCUGUGUAAAAUGGAUUAUUGGAUAUCAGAGAGUUCGAUACACACCUCUAUCAUUGGAUGCAUUAAAGGUCUCAUGAACAACUCACAUGGAAGAUCGCAUGUUUUAGCCCAUCCACGAUGUAUCAAUAUUAUAGCCCAGAGUUUACGAGUCGAGAACGUCAAAACUAAAAUCGCGGUGUUAGAAAUUCUUGGUGCUGUAUGUAUCGUACCUGGUGGACAUAAAAAAGUUCUACAAGCCAUGAUUCAUUUUCAACAUUAUGCUGCUGAGAGGACACGAUUUCAGACCCUAAUCAAUGACCUAGAUAGAAGUACAGGAAAAUAUCGAGAAGAGGUCAAUCUGAAAACAGCCAUCAUGUCUUUUUUCAACGCUGCGUUAAAAUAUGGCCCUGGACAAGAUCAUCUAGAAUUCAGGCUACAUCUUCGUUACGAAUUUCUCAUGCUAGGAAUACAACCUAUUAUAGAAAAACUACGAUCUCAUGAAAACUCUACUUUAGAUAGACAUUUAGAUUUUUUUGAGAUGGUUAGGAAUGAAGAUGAGAAAGAAAUAGCCAAAAAAUUUGAAUCUGUACAUAUAGAUACUAAAAGUGCGUCAGCCAUGUUUGAAUUAUUACGGAAGAAAUUAGCGUUGUCCACAUCAUAUAAUAAUUUCAUGUCAAUUUUACAACAUUUGGUCAUGUUACCCUAUUCUAAGAAAGACAUGACACCAGUUUGGAUUCUGAUUGAUAAAAUGGUACAACAGGUUGUGUUACAGCGGAAUGGACAAGAUCCAGACGUCGCCCCCAUGGAGGAAAUUAAUAUACAACAAAUCACUCAUAGGUUAGCGAGUGAAAAUGAUGUAAAAUCAUUCCAGAAUAAGUUACGAGAAGCUGAGAAAGCUAACGAUGAGCUGAAUGCUAAAUUAGCCAAACGAGAACGAGAAUGUGAGGCGAGGUUUGAGGAAAAGGAAGAAUUGAUGUCCACCAUGAAUCAUAUGAAUGCUAAAUUAGAGAAGGAAAUGGCUGCCCAUGCUGAUGUUAAGUUACAGUUAAAUUCUCUCAUGGCUCAGUUACAUGAAGUCACUUCUUAUUUAGAGGCAGAGAGAGGAGAAAAACAAAAACUACAACAUUUAGUAAAAACAGGAAGUCUACCAGACGACGCCAAGAUGGGGUUGUCUACUAGUCAGUUACUAUCAGGAACCAUGCUUAAUAAAGAUUUCAAGAUACCAUCAGUGUUAGCACCCUCUGCCCCACCCCCCUCAGCACCCCCACCCCCACCACCUGCUCCAGGGGCUCCUCCUCCACCACCUUUUGGAGGUCCAGCUUUAGGAGGGAAACAGAAAAAAAUACCCAAACCAGGAAACCCCAUGAAGUCAUUUAAUUGGACCAAGUUACCAGAGAACCAAAUCAAGGGAACAGUUUGGAGUGAUUUAGAUGAUACUAAGUUAUACAAUACGUUAGAUCUGGGUGAUUUUGAGAAGAAUUUUUCAGCCUAUCAGAGACAAGAGGAGGGUGAACAAGACACUAAAACUCACGCACCGAAAGUUCGCGAAUUAUCUGUUAUUGAUGGCAGACGAGCUCAGAAUUGUACUAUUUUAUUAUCGAAAUUAAAAUUAACGAAUGAAGAAAUUAAAAAAGCUGUUUUAAAUGUAGAUGAAGCUGAAGAUAUACCUAAGGAUAUGGUCGAACAGUUAUUAAAGUUUGUACCUACAGUAGAAGAAAUCCAGUUAUUAAAUGAACACAGUCAUGAGAGAGAGAAUAUGGCUAGAGCUGAUAGAUUCUUACUUGAUAUGAGCAAAAUUCUACAUUAUGAACAAAGAUUGAAUGCUAUCUAUUUUAAAAAGAAGUUUCAAGAUAGAAGACUGGAUUGUAAGGGUAAAAUAUCUGCUGUGUUUGAUGCCAGUAAACAGUUAUUCCGAUGUAGAAGAUUAAAGAAAUUACUAGAAAUUGUGCUGGCUAUUGGUAACUAUAUGAAUAGAGGUCAGCGAGGCAAUGCGUCUGGUUUCAGAAUUCAGAGUUUAAACAAAAUGGUGGAUACAAAAUCAAGCAUCAAUAAAAAUGUUACCUUACUUCACUACCUCAUAGAAGCCAUCUUGGAAAAAAAGUUCCCAGAUCUGAUGAAACUAGAACAAGAUAUUUGUGCCAUAAAAGAUGCUGCCAAAGUCACAUUUAAAGAGUUAGAUGAAGAGAUGAAGGCAUUAAAAUCAGGGUUAAAAGAUAUAGAAAAGGAAGUAGAAUUUUUCCGUAGUCAGUAUGACGGCCAUCCUGAUAAGUUCGUAACCACCAUGAGUAAUUUCUGUACUGUAGCUGCCUAUAAUUUCUCUGAGUUGGAAGAUUCUUAUGGUGAAAUGAAACAAAAGUAUGACAUGGUUGUCAAGGCGUUUGGUGAAGAUCCAACUGCUAUGCAACCAGAAGAGUUCUGUGGUAUUUUUGAUUCGUUCCUGAAUUAUUUUAACGAUGCCCAGAUUGAGAACGAGAAAUUCCGACAACAGAAACAGGAAGAAGAUAAACGAAGUAAAAUGGAGGAACAGUUGAAGAAAGACCGAGAGAAGAGGAUAUUGUUACGUCGAGCGAGUACUAAUACAGAUAAAACUAGCGUCAACGGUAACAACAGUAAAUUAUCACAGAAUGACAACGAGAAAGGAGAAUUUGAUGAUUUGAUUUCUGCGUUAAGGACAGGAGAUGUGUUCGGAGAAGAUAUGGCCAAAAUGAAACGAACAAGACGAAGGGUUAGUAACAGCAAUGCCGAAAUGUCUCGGGAACGAAUGGGGAAAAUCAUGAUGUCAUAA